UACGAACCCAAUUUUAUAUUCUCAGCUGGAAUCCGAACUUUGAUAGAGAAAGCACUACGAACACUUUACAGAGCAACACCUCUCUCUCUCUCUCUCUGGAACUCUGUACUCCCCACUUCAGUGUUCUUGAGAGUGUGAGCCGUUACAUUUUCUGAGCACAAGUGAGAAGAAGAAACACUUCACUCAAGUUAGUAAACUUUGGGUGAUUUGCGCCUCAGCACGAAAAUGGGUGAAAGAAGACUGAAUCUAAUCCUCUGGAUUUGUGUCUCUCUUCUUGCCUCUCUCGAUUUUGGUACGGCAAGCAAGAUAGGAAUCUGUUACGGAAGAAACGCAGACAAUCUCCCAAGUCCAAGCAAAGUCUCAGAGCUAAUCCAAAACCUCAACAUCAAAUACGUCAGAAUCUACGACGCCAACAUCGACGUCCUCAAAGCCUUUGCAAACACAGGCAUCGAGCUAAUGAUUGGCGUCCCCAACGCCGACUUGCUCGCAUUCGCUCAGUUCCAGUCCAACGUAGACACUUGGCUCCGCAACAGCAUCCUUCCUUACUACCCGACCACCAAGAUCACCUCCAUCUCCGUCGGUCUCGAAGUAACCGAAGCGCCAGACAACGCCACAGGUCUGCUCUUACCCGCCAUGCGCAACAUCCACACCGCUCUCAAGAAGUCCGGUCUUGACAAAAAGAUCAAGAUCUCGAGCUCCCAUUCCCUCGCUAUCUUGUCGCGCUCCUUCCCUCCUUCCUCAGCUUCUUUCAGCAAGAAACAUUUAGCGUUCUUGAAACCCAUGCUUGAGUUCUUGGUUGAGAACGAGUCUCCCUUUAUGAUCGACUUGUAUCCGUACUACGCUUAUAGAGACUCUGCUGAGAAGGUUCAGCUUGAGUACGCUUUGUUCGAGUCUUCUUCCCAGGUUGUUGAUCCCGCUACUGGUUUGCUUUACUCAAACAUGUUCGAUGCUCAGCUUGAUGCUAUCUACUUCGCCUUGACGGCUAUGAACUUCAAGACCGUUAAGGUUAUGGUUACUGAGUCCGGGUGGCCGAGCAAAGGCUCGCCUAAAGAGACGGCUGCUACUCCUGAUAACGCUCUUGCUUACAACACCAACCUCAUCCGCCAUGUCAUCGGUGAUCCAGGUACUCCUGCGAAGCCUGGGGAGGAGAUUGAUGUGUACUUGUUCUCGUUGUUCAAUGAGAACAGGAAGCCAGGGAUAGAAUCUGAGAGAAACUGGGGAAUGUUCUACGCGAAUGGAACGAGUGUUUACGCUUUAGACUUCACUGGGGAAAGCACUGUUCCUGUUUCUCCAUCAAAUUCAACCACAGGUACAACGAGUCCAAGUCCAAGUUCAAGUCCAGGUAACUCAACUGUUAUCAGUGGAGGAGGAGGAGGAGGAACCAGGAAAUGGUGUGUUGCUUCAUCGCAAGCUUCGGUGACGGAGCUGCAGAGUGCAUUGGACUGGGCUUGCGGUCCUGGGAAUGUUGAUUGUUCUGCUGUUCAACCAAACCAACCUUGCUUUGAGCCAGACACUGUUCUCUCACACGCAUCUUAUGCGUUCAACACUUAUUACCAGCAGAGCGGAGCGAGUAGCUUAGAUUGCAGCUUUGGAGGAGUCAGCGUUGAAGUUGACAAGGACCCUAGCUAUGGUAACUGUCUGUAUAUGAUUGCUCCAUCUACUGAUGGAAUGAACAGAACAAUGGCGGGUAAUAUCACGGGAAACAUAACUGCCAUUGAUUCCCCCAUGGCUUCACCUUCUUCGAGCAGCGAAGGAUACAGACAAAUGGUGGUUUCCGUUGCAGUCUCUGUUUUGUUGCCCUGCUUUGUAGUUAGUUUGAGUCUUUGGUGACAGCAUGCAUUUGUUCCCUUAUUGUCUGUUUAAGUUUUGAGGUGAAUUAAACCGUUAUUUAACAGAACCUUUGGUACCA